CCAGAAGUUCUAUAGUGCACGUCUCCUGGAGUUGCGUGAUUUGAUUGCAGCAGAGGAAGUCAAGUUCAAAACCAUCGUUGCAGAAAUUCAGGAUAUUCGGGCUGGAAAAUGGGACGAUAAAAUUCAUGCCAAGCUCUCCGGAACAGAAUUUGAGCCCGAGGCAGAAAACGACGCUGCACCUACACAGGGAACCAGAGGCCUCACAUCAGAUCCAGGAGCAAGAACGUGAACCUACCCCCAAGCCAGAAGAAGAAGAAGAAGAAGAAGAACCAGUCCCUACGCAGGAACCCGAGAACAUUGAACCUGAUCAAGCCCUUGAACCAGUUCUUGUGGAAACAGAAUCCCCUCGCCCGCCACAAACCGAGGAAUACGAGCCUGAGAAUGAAAAUAUUGAGCAGCCAAUCGAACCAGAUGAACCCGUAGCCUCAACCCACGAGGAGGAAACAGAACAGUCUGAAUGGGAGCACCAGCCCACGUCCCCAGACGAUGAGGCAAGUGAGAUAGAGGCAAUACUGACACCGGGCGCCCCAGAGGGGUCCAUUGAGGAAGAAGCUAACCAACAGUCUCCUGAACACGAGGAGGAACCACCUGUCCAUGAGGAAGAGAUACUCGAAAUCGAAGAGGAGGAAGCGUCCCCUGCAGAUGACACCGAGCACAUCCACAUCGAAGCAGAGCAAGAACCUACAUCCAUGGAAGUCGAUGCGGAACAGGACUUGUCUGUUUAUACCGAAACAAGUUCACAAGCCAAACGCAAGGUGGACGAAGUGGAAGUUGACGACGGUGAAGGCGCUGAAGAGCCCAACAAGAAACGUUUACGUGAGGAGAGCUCACCUCCUACACCAGGGGAGGAGGAACAAGUAACCACACCUCCCCGACGCGACACAACAAGCAGCGAGCAACGCCCCUCCACACCCCUUCAAUCCGGUCCAUCUGGCUCCACCGCCCAAUACACAAGCCCAGCUCAACCCAUUCCUCACAAGCGCUUUCAGGCUGUCAUAUACCUCCUACACUCUCAAAUCUCACAACACCGCAACGGUAACAUCUUCCACAAUCCUAUAAAACCGACCGAAGCGCCCGAUUACCAUGAUAUCAUCAAACGACCUAUGGACUUGAAGACCAUCAAAGCAAGAAUCAAAGAUGGAGUUAUCAGGACCUCGAGAGAUUUUCAGAGGGAUGUGUAUUUAAUGUUUGCCAAUGCGAUGAUGUAUAAUAGGCCAGGGAGUGACAUCGCGUUGAUGGCGGAGGAGAUGAUGCUUGAGAGCGAGAAUCAUAUCAAUUCCUUCCGGCAAACAGAAGGUUAUUUGCGCGUCCGCGCGUGAACGACUGUUAGGGGAAGUUGACAUGAAUAUAUGCUUUGCACUGGAGACUCAACGCUUCUCGCACGCUUUGCUCGAAUGUCAGAGAAACGAAACUGCCAUUGUUACAAGCGCUAAAU